AUGCUUCCACAGGCCGACGUGCCGGUACAGGAGGUGGAGGAAGCGCAGAAGUUCUUGCAGACGCUCACCCUGCGGAGGCGAGUGGACUUUCUGGAGAAGGCGAUUGGCAGCCGAGACGAGGGCCAGUUGCGGGAGGCCAUCGCGGCGGCGCGGAAGGCCUCGCUCCCGGGCCAGCUGCGGGCGGCGAUCACGGAGGCGCGCAAAGAUGGCCUCCCCGCAGAAGAGCUGGAAAGGGCGAACGAUGCACUUUCCGCUUUGGUGCGGCAGAGGGACGUGACCGAGCUCCGAGAAGCUGCAGCCAGCGGAGAUGAAGAGCUUCUACGGGAGGCCAUCUUGGAAGCUAAGCAGCUGGAGCUGCCCACUGAUGAGGUCGACACGGCCCAAGCUGCUCUUACGGUUCUAGUGCAGCGUCGCCUGGAUGAAUGUGAGGAGUUUGAUUUACACCGCGAGGGACGCUCUGAGCGACAACUGGAACAGGCCAUGGCCGCCGACGAGUCCGAGCUGAAAGCCGCGAUUGCCGAGGCUCGCAAGGUGGGCCUCUCCGAGGAAGUGAUCGAAAAGGCAAAAGAGACGUUGCGCCAGAAGGCCCGUGCCAGGAUCUCCAAGUACUUGCAAGAUGCGACGGAUUUGCAAGAGGAGGAACAACUGAGGGAUGCUUUGGCAGAGGCCAGAAAGGCAGAUGUAGCUGCUGAGGAUUUAGAGGUGGCACAGGCCGCUUUGACAAAGCUCGUUUCCGAUCGGCUGGUGGCAGACCUUCGCAUUGCCACUCAAGGCAACGAGACAGAGCUUCGUGAGGCGAUUCGCGAAGCAAGGCGCCAGGAACUGCCAUCCGUGGAAAUCGACAAAGCUCAGGAUGCCUUGGCCGAGAUGGUCGCGACAAAGAAGUUAGCCUGGCUCCGACGAAAGCUCGAAACCAUGGUGGACUGCGAGGACGAAGACGAGGUCCGAGAGGUGCUGAAAGAGGCACGCGCUGCGCAAAUCAGUGGUGAGGAACUCGAGAAAGCCCGGGACCGUCUCACGGACCUCGUGAUGAUCCGCGAACUGACGGAAUCCUAUACAAGGGUGUCCCUACGCACAGUCAUCUUAGAGGCCGAGCUCCGUCAGCUAGAGCAUCCAGCCUUGGAUGUUGCCAGGAGCAAGCUCUCCGCCAUCAAUCGUUUGAAGGAGGCACCCAUCACGGCCGAGCAGUCGCGAAUCCCGCAAGUGAUUGAAGCUGCCCUCGCGCAUGCCAAGAGCCUCCGCAUUGACCCGGACGUGAUCAGCAGCGCCGAAGGCGUUUUGGAGAGGGAACUGGGCAUACAACGAUUCGGGCUCAAGCACGACAAGGUCAUUCAAGAGAGAGGUGGACAAGCGUUGCCCAUACCUGUUCAAGAACGCUUUCGGAGUACCGAUCUAUUCUUGACACUGUUGCAAGUUGUGUCAAGCAGGACUUUGCAGCAGGUUGCGAUGCCAGUCGCCGUCUGUACGAUUUGGGCUGCAUGCUGCGCUGCCAUUUCUUCAUGGCGUCACUCGCUCCCGGAAUCAGCCUGGAGGCUCAACCAGUUCUUGGUGACUCCACUCGGCCUGCUGCUGACAUUUCGCACGCAGCAGUCCAUAGCGAGAUUCAAUGAAGCAGUGACGAACUGGGGCAAGAUCUCCAGCCUUUGCAGAAGUCUGUCACGGACGCUGUUCUACCAUGAUGACCGGGUACCACGAGAUAUUCACCGCCAGCUUGCGCAAGACAUAUGCUUGUUCCCCGAAGUCCUGCGUGAGCACCUGGAGAACCGGCGCACCAAGCUCCUUAAUAUCACGCGCGACGACGUCAAUAAACCAUUGGCUUUGUUGGACCGUGUGCAUUCUCGAAUCUCUGGCUUGCUCCUGCUCGAGCUGUCUGAGAGGAACUUGUUGCUGAGAUUCGUGGAGCAGCUCUCCGACCUGGUCAGUCCUUGCGAAAGUGUGGUGCAGACACCCGUGCCACAAAGCUAUGUCAGGCACACGGGGCGCUUUCUCGCGGUUUGGCUGCUCACUUUGCCUCUGGCCCUGGCUCCAGAGACGGGUUGGCUCACGGUGCUCAUUGAGCUCAUCGCAUCUUGGGGCUUGCUGGGUAUACAGGAGAUUGGGCUUCGUUUAGAGGAUCCGUUCAAUGGUCAGGUCACGAUGCAGGUUUCCAUCACCACCGUGGCCAAGGAAGUACGGCAGAGAUAUGUCUUGGUGGUAGAAGAACUACUCCGAGCACAUGCAAAUGACCAGCUGGAAGAUAUGUGCCAACGUUGGUCUCAUCGAUUCGACUCGCGAUUUCUUCGAAUUCUCCGCGAGGAGCAGCGUUUGGCGGUAGAAGAGCAACCUGGCCGCAAUAGCGUCAUCGCCGUUCGUCCGUGCACUUGA